UCUAUUCUCUGCAAUUUCUUUCACAAUGAUGAACUGAUAAUUCUACUGCAAAAACCGAUUAUAAACAGUUUCAGUUUUGCUCAAAGUAUCUAGAGCGUCUUAUUGAUUUCUAGUUGGAAUUAUCGGAGGCUUGGCGCGAACGCAACGACGAAAAUCCGAAGCGAGGUGUUAAAAUCUGAAUGCAGAAUUCUGACAACAAUCCAUGGCAGCUCCGAUCAGCCAAGAAUGGUGCUAAUUUCCAUCGUUUUGACAGAGUUGGGCUUAGCAGGCGUGAGUUUUGGGCUGUGAGUACGGCCCAAUAAAUAAGACCUAUACCUGUUGGUCGAUUCCCUCUCGACUGUAACUGUAGGAAAAUGAGUGCUUGAGUUGUCGAGAUGAGAAAAAUGGCAGUGGCCACGUCGCGCUACUUCGGCGGAGCCGGCGCAUCUGUUUCGGGUUGCAGGAUUUUUUUUACCAACUACUCCUCUAAAUUCACCAACUCUCCUGUUUCCUUAGUAAGAUUGGUCGAUGCCCCGGUGCAUAAGUUUGUCAAGAGCUUUGCUGCUUCCAGUUCGGAGAAGAUUAAAGUGCAGAGAAAGAAAAGGAGACUAGAUGAAGCGUGCCUCGAAAGAUUUCAGCAAUAUAGUCGAACAUUCAUACAGUCGUGGAUUAUUCAGGGCAAAGUAUUUGUUGAUGGGAAAGUGGUAAACAAAUGUGGAGCACAAAUUUCUGAUAAAUCUGUUGUUGAUAUCCAGGCUGAGGUUCCAAAAUAUGUAUGUAGAGGUGGUCAUAAGUUAGAGGCUGCAAUAGAACAAUUAGAGAUUGAUGUUACUGGAAAAGUGGCCCUCGACUCAGGACUUUCUACUGGUGGAUUCACAGAUUGCUUGCUCCAGUACGGUGCUUCAUUUGUCUAUGGUGUUGAUGUAGGUUAUGGACAGGUAGCUGACAAAAUACGUCGGCAUGAAUGUGUAAGUGUCAUUGAACGGACAAACUUAAGAUAUCUGACGGAACUGCCACAGAAAGUUGAUCUAGUUACCUUGGACCUAUCUUUUAUUUCCAUAUUAACUGUCAUGCCUGCUGUUAUUGGUCUGAUGAAGAAUGAUGCGACAUUAGUUACUCUAAUUAAACCUCAAUUCGAGGCACACAGAUCCCAAGUGGGAGGUGGAGGAAUAGUCAGGGAUCCAUUGGUCCAUCAGGAGGUUCUUGGGAAGAUUAUAAACGGUGUGCAAGGUUUUGGAUUUCAAUGCCAAGGCUGGAUAGAUUCUCCCUUGAAGGGGGCCGAUGGUAACAAAGAGUUUCUGGCUUGCUUCAGCCGUGCAGCCGUGGAAGAUGCAGAUCCUGUUAAGGCAGAUAUUGCUCAAUUAUUCAGGUGCACUGAAAGCAACCAGCAACCAGAGGAAUAAUUCACACACAGAAUGCUUGUUGCUUCUUCUCAAAAAAAAAAAAAAAGAAUGCUUGUUGCUUCAAGAAAACUGGCUGACUUAUGCAGCACAAGAUAGAUAGCAACAAAUUGGAUUCAUUUUCUUGGGAUCCUUUUAGGCUUUGAUGUAACUUAUUUCUGACUACAUGGUAGCUCAAGAACAAAGUUUAUAUACAAUUUUGUACUUAUAUUACACACGAUUCACGUUUCAAAGAUGUAUAUUUACAAUUGAAUUUGUUUUUAUACUAAA